AUGUUGAUCAAAGUCAAGACUCUGACUGGCAAAGAGAUCGAGCUUGAUGUCGAUGCGACAGAUAAAAUUCUUCGUAUAAAAGAACGCGUCGAAGAGAAAGAGGGAAUUCCGCCUGUUCAGCAACGCUUGAUUUUUGGUGGCAAGCAAAUGUCCGACGAAAAAAUGAUCAAGGACUUUGGUAUCGAAGGAGGCACAGUCUUGCAUUCCGACUGA